AUGUCGAUGCAAGUUGAGCCGGCUGACGACCUCGCCCAGGGCAUCAUAGGGACAGCCAAGCAGUCUCUACGCGACCUCUUCAUCUGGAAGAAACGUGUCGUCGUAUCUAAUGAAUAUGGCGAGACGCGCUGUGAGUGGCACGAGGCCGACUGCUUCGUCAAUCCGAUUCGCCUCUUCGCAGAGCUAUCAGCCCGCGAUUGGCUCUUUUUCCUCGUCGGAUUCUGCUCCUGGACAGCCGAUGCGUUCGACUUUCACGCCCUCUCUAUCCAAACCGUUAAGCUAUCUAAGUACUAUGACCGCUCCAAGACGGAUAUUAGUACCGCCAUCACUCUAACGCUAUUGCUCCGCUCCGCUGGUGCAGCUAUAUUCGGUCUCGCUGGCGAUAGGUGGGGGCGUAAAUGGCCUAUGGUCUAUAAUAUGAUUAUUCUAGGCUUAUUGCAGAUUGCUACCAUCUAUAGCUCGACUUUCACCCAAUUUCUAGCUGUGCGCAGUCUUUUCGGCAUCUUUAUGGGCGGUAUAUAUGGCAACGCUAUUGCUAUGGCUCUUGAGCACUGCCCAGCUAAUGCGCGGGGCCUUAUGUCCGGUAUCUUGCAACAAGGCUACUCGUUUGGCUAUGUGUUAGCUGCGUGUGCUAACCUAGGCGUGGGCGGUGGCGUGGAGUCGUGGAAGACGAUCUUUUGGAUCGGAGCCGGAAUCUCUAUUACUGUCGGCCUCUUGCGUAUUCCCUUCCCCGAAUCGAAGCAAUUUAUCGAGGCUAAGAGGACUGGCAAGAGGGUUACCUCACCGGGCGCUUUUUGGCACGAAACUAAGAAAAUGCUCGGCCAAGAGUGGAAGAUGUGCCUCUAUUGCAUCACUCUCAUGACAUGGUUCAACUACUACUCGCAUACAUCGCAAGACUCAUAUACGACUUUUAUGCUCACGCAAAAGGAGCUAGAUAACACAGGCGCAUCGCAGGCGUCUAUACUUAUGAAGGCAGGCGCCUGUAUUGGCGGCUGCGUUAUUGGUUACCUCAGCCAGUUCGUCGGCCGCCGGCGCGCUAUUAUUAUUUCAGCACUCGCCUCUAUCAUACUUAUUCCUGCGUGGAUCCUGCCCGAAGGCCAGCGUGCUCUUAGCGCUACAGGAUUCUUUAUGCAAUUCUUCGUUCAGGGCGCCUGGGGCGUUGUCCCUAUCCACCUCAACGAGUUAUCUCCUACUGCAUAUCGGUCGACGUUUCCCGGCGUGACGUACCAGCUCGGCAAUAUGAUUUCGUCACCCUCAGCACAAAUCGUAAACGCUAUUGCCGAGAAGACGUUUGUCACAAUAAAGAAUGGCGAUAGGGUCGAGGCGUACGGACCGACCAUGGGCAUUGCUACCGCUAUUAUUGCUCUCGGCAUCAUCGUCUCAACUAUGUUAGGGCCAGAGAGGCGCGGGCGCGACUUCGAGCAGAAGGUGGCAGGAAUGGAUAGCGACAGCAAGGUCCUGGACGAGGAGGGCAUGAACGAGAAACGCGGCGCCUGCGUGGAGCUCGAUGAGCGGAAAUAG